UAAAACCUUUAUUUCUCUUCUCUCUUUCUAUUUAAUUCAUCAUCAAAAUUAUUGAGUUCAAAUAAAGCUUCCAAUCAAAAUCAAUACCACCAUAGAUUUCGGUUUCUGGUUUUCAGAUUUCAGAUUCUUCUUCUUCUUUGAGAAAUCGCAACAAUAUCAAUGGCUGCUGCUGCUACUGCUGGGAUUAUCGGUGUUAAUAAUAAUAGAUCUUGGAUUCAGUUCAAGGAUAAUGAUAAGAAAAGGUCUCCUGCGAACAGAGUUAGGGUUUGUCGAGCUUCUUAUUCGACGUCUUCAUCUGUAAUGGAUCCGUACAAGACUCUUCGGAUCCAACCUGGUGCUUCUGAAUCUGAGGUCAGGAAGGCUUUCAGGCAACUCGCUUUACAGUAUCAUCCAGAUGUGUGUAGAGGAAACAAUUGUGGAGUACAAUUUUCGAGAAUCAACGAAGCUUACGAUAUUGUAAUGAGUAAUCUGAGAGAAGAGACAACAAGUAGAGAUAUAUAUGAAUCGUACGAUCAAGGAAUCGAUGAACCGAUGAGAGGAUUAAACGAUGAUUGGGAUAUGUGGGAAGAAUGGAUGGGUUGGGAAGGAGCUGGAAUUAGAGACUACACUUCUCAUAUUAAUCCUUACAUUUAAAAAAAUAUAUAUUAAUUAAAAAAAAAAUCCCAAUUAGGAAAAAAAAAUAGAAAAAAAUACUGUGAAUUUGUGAAUAUACCAUAUUAUGUGAAUAUUAGUAUUAAUAAUAAUAAUUAUUAUUAUAAUCCGAUUUAAGAAUAUUAUUAUUAUUACUAAAUCAAAAUUGUGUACAUACAGUUGGUGCUGAGUUUAUUGGCUCGGCCCAGAUAAUUGAAAAAGUACACCAAUUUCUCUUUUUAUCUCAAAAUUAAUAAUAUUUCGUUUAAUACAAUAAUGAUUUACUGUACAUGAAUGGAUGUUGUAUUUAUCGCAAUAAAGUAUAAUUUGUGAUUGUUUUUU